AUGGUGGCUCCCGCCUUUAUCACUGUUCCAAAAGAUCAAGUUGUAACUGUAGGAGAAACUACUGAAUUUAGAUGCACAGCAAGAGGAGCACCAAAACCGGUAAUUACCUGGUAUAGGAAUACAAUGGUAUUGACAUCAAGCGAAAACGUUAUUUAUUCCGAUAACAGUCAAAAUUUAACAAUACUCCAAGUAACGACCGAUGAUGAUGGACUAUAUCAUUGUAGAGCAGAAAACUCUGAAGGACUAACCGAAAUAUCUGCAAUGCAGCAAAAAAAAUGCUUAAAGUAG